CAUAAAAGGAGGGGCUUUCAUUCUAGUCAUCCAGUUGCCAGGUAUCUACCUGGAGAAAAGACCCGCGCGCGCUCUUCCCCGCGGAAGGCCACAGUCAUAUUUGCCUUUGAUCGGGGCUUUGAUAUCUCUAUAUUUGUUUUUCUCCUCCUCCCUCCCGCGUGAUGUUUCAUAUCAACUUGACGCCUGACAUGGACGCAGUGUCGCCCGCCACACGCCGGACAGAGUCUCCUCCUGCCGGGACGCUGUGCCAGAAGACGCCGCCAGAGGAGGCGAGCUCUCCAGCCUCCUCAGAAGAGAGCAGUGCAAAGGAGGUUGGCCGGGAUGUGGGCUUUCAGGACGCUCAGUUUGUGCCGACAGUCACUGCCAUUUCCUCUACCCCAGAUUUCCAGUGGAUGGUCCAGCCUACGAUCAUCACAUCUGUCUCCCCGUCUCUGGGUAGCAAACCAGCCAAGGAGCCGCAGAGCUCCCACCGCACAGCAGCCAAAGCGGGCAGGAGCAAGGGGAAGAAUGCUGCGAGGAAGGGGAAAGCCGAGCAGCUCUCUCCAGAGGAGGAGGCUAAAAAGAGGAUAAGGAGGGAGAGGAAUAAAAUGGCUGCAGCAAAGUGUCGCAACAGACGGAGGGAACUCACAGACACGCUGCAAGUUGAGACAGACAAGCUGGAGGAGGAAAAAUCAGCCCUGGAGACGGAAAUAGCCAACCUGCUGAAAGAGAAGGAGCGCCUCGAAUUCAUCCUCGCAACCCAUAAACCCGCGUGCCAAAUGUCCGAAGAGCUGGAGGCUAUCUUCCAGGAGCCCGCGGCAUCCUUGGAGCUACCGCCCAGUCCAGACGAGGACAGACUUCCGGAGGAUGGCACCCAGGAGGCUCCUUCGCUCCAGGACAUGGACAUCCCCAGCGACCCGUGCACAGCCAUCUCUGGGAACUCCAAUAUCUUGCUGUGUGCCAGCGCUGAAAUCAACAUCUGCGAUCUCGAGCCCUCGCUGGACAUUAAGGAGGGGCUGCUGGACGCUAUGCUGCCCACCCUGGAGGAGAGAAUGCCCAUGGAGACGGCUCGGUCCGUGCCAGACAUAGAUCUCAGCAGCUCUCUCGGGGUCUCCGACUGGGAGACCCUGUACAAGUCCGUGUCGAGCGACCUGGAGCCUCUCAGCACUCCCGUGGUGACGUCCACCCCCACCUGCAGCAGCUACCUGUCUGUGUUCACGUUUGCAUAUCCUGAGCUGGACUCUGUGCCAGAGGGGCUGGACAGCCAUAAAGGUGGAGGGGGCAAAGCUGAGUCUGUUGACAUCCUCAACUCUCCAACUCUCCUGGCCUUAUAAUGUACAGGGGCACACGCUCGCUCUGGUUUCUCUGUUUGCAGGUUCGCUAUCUUUGAAGUGAUAUGAACAAUGUGUGCCACAGUAUGCUGUGACACUUCGAGGGACACAUUCAUGAAAUGUCUCAUGUGUGACUAAGCAGACGUAUAAACCUUCUCCAGACACAUAGCCGAUACAGUGAUGUAGCUAAAAGCAUGGCUUGUAUUUGAACAGGAGGGACCGAAAAGUUUUCGGUUUUAAAAAACGCAUGCAGAGAAAUUCCAAAUAAUUUUCAAAGCUCAUAUAUAUCUGAUCUGUUCCUAGAUCUAAGACGUAACGUGGAAUUAAAUGUUACAGUAUGGUUUUGUGUUUUUGGUGUCAAUCGUGUAUUGAUUGCUGUAAAUGUUGUAUUUACAUAUACAUCCAUGUUGAGUACCUGCAUACCUCAAUGUCAUCAACUGUGGUUUGAGCUCAUCGUUACAAUGUUGAAAGUUUUCCAUGAAAACAUCCAGUGCUAUAAACUGUAUAUCUUAUCAAGAUGUAACUUAUGGUUUAUUUUUUUACCUUUCAGAUUUUUUGUUUUAUUUGUUAAAAUGAAAAAAAAAAACGAUUCAAAUGAGCAUUGAUUGCUUAUCUAUGCUGCUGAAUACUGAACAAUAAAUCUACAGUCAGAGUGGUGCUGGUGUUUGUCUCUGAGAAGUCCAAUGUGAAAACAUUAAAAUUGGAUGUCAAACUUAA